AUACACACCACCACCUCCGGUACUGGGAUAAUCGAUAUCAUGUGGCCCAGCCCCGUAUGGACCAAUUCGAUCGUUGCUGGCUUUGUGAAUUUCUUGUAUCUAUCCAUACUGAUCCACACUCCCCCGGUUGUCAUCAGUACACGAUAUAGACCCAAUCCGUCAUCCAUGCACGCGGAUCUCACACGUCCGGUUCGUUUCACCGUGUCCAUAUCCGAGUCCGACAUCGCUGAUCAGACUGUGGCCAAUCUGACUGCACUGCUCUGGGCGAGCACAGAGAUUCCCACCCGGAUGAGCACAGAGCUUCACACGCAACGUGUUCGACCCAAAUACGAGCUGUUGGAUGUGAGCGCAAAUCUGUUAGCCAACUUACCCCCACAGCGUCAUGUUAAUUUUGUCCAGCUGGUCCAGUUGGACUCCCAGACCGGUGUAGUCAGAUUCACUGUCCCCCUGGACCGAGAACGACUCUGUCCGGAUGCAAUGGGCACAGAGCAGAAGUGCACAAUCAGUUUGUUGAUAGCGAUUCAUCUCAGUCCGACAAAUGAUAGUCAGUUGAGCGCACAAACCAUCUAUGCCGAUUUGACCGUGCUGGUCAUCGAUGUGAACGACAACGCGCCCUAUUUCACCGUAAUCAAUUCGGCAGAUAGUGCCCCCCUGGCAGUUCUCACCGUGGAUGAAGAAUGUCCGAUUGGUACAAUGAUACAGUUGCCACAAGCCACCGACCCGGAUGCCUUAGAACACGGUGUUCAACGCUACGAGUUUCAUCCGACCACCACACCAGCACGUGUUCGCGAAUAUUUUGAUAUUGUCCAAUUUCGACAUCAACCCGGUUUGCGAUGUGAGGAUGUGACCCCGGUCCAAUUGGAACUGGUAAAUGGUCGGGGUCCAGCGGAUAGUCGUCCCAUGGUAGCGUGUUUGCGAACUAUCAAACGAUUGGAUCGGGAAACUGUGGGCGAUCAGUUCCACUUUCGCCUAGUCGCAUUUGACUCGGACGAGAAACGAGGAGAGAUCGCAGUUCAACUGUUGGUACGUGAUGUGAAUGAUCAUGCCCCGGAAUGGGCCAGCAAAUUGGAACGAUUUGACAGUACCGGUCGUUCCCUGUGGGUAAGUGCAAGUCCUACGGAUCCGCCACAACCGAGUGAGACCAGGCAAACGCACUACGCAUUCUCUGUGCCCGAGUGUACCACGCAACAUAAACUAGUCCGACUGGAAGCCCGGGAUCAGGAUGACGCACAACAGAAUGCGGGGAAGAUCACGUUUCGCUUGAGUGAACACAGUCCGGACAGUCAGACGAACACAUUGCGCAGACGCAUUUUCAUUUCAAACAAUCAUUUGUAUCUGACCGAUCGUGGUCUCCGGGGUCUGGUUCAACCGAAUCUGACAGUUGUUGUCAUUGCGAGUGAUGGAGCUGGCAAAAGCACCGAGGCUUGGUUUCAUUUGCGAAUCGAAGACUGCAAUGAUCAUCGACCAAUGAUAUUGAUACAAAACACGGAUUAUAUCUCUAUCCCGGAAGAGUCGACAGGUCAAUCCCAUCUGAUCUCACUUAUCACAGUGCGUGACUUUGAUUUGGUCACAUCUCCCAAUUCGAAGUUCACUUGUUUUCUCAACGAUACUACUUAUUUGGAGUUGAAGGAAGUUGUGACCGGGCCGACAGCAGACGAUUCAACUCCAUCCGAGGCUACCCACUUGCGGGAUGAUGAAUCCGCUGGUGACGAAUCGGUCGAUUUGACUGCACGUCGAGGUCGAUGGUCUGUUUACCGAUUAGGUUCGAGACCAGAGAUAGCGUUUGAUCGGGAAGCUGGCGCCGUCUAUACAGUUCUAUUGGAAUGUGUCGACAAGGGCAUACCCGCGCUAACUGCAACCCGGUUGAUCACCAUUCAUGUGGAAGAUAUCAACGACAAUGCUCCUCAGUUUAUCACCCGUUGUUCACCCUACUUACAAAAUUUAGGCACCGUAGAGAGGCAACAGCAACAACUGGACCGCGAUUGUCCCGCCCAGUUUGAAUUCACUGUCUACGAAGAUGCUGAACGUGGUGUUCUGAUUGGUUCGGUUCGAGCAAUGGAUUUGGACAGUGGUGAAAAUGCCCGACUAGUUUACAGUCUGCAUCCGCUGCACCCUUCCUCAAAUCCAACCAAUUCAAAUGAAUCGGAGUCAUUUCGGCCGGAAUCUCUGUUCGCAGUCUCUCCGAUGGGUGAACUUCAUUUGAUCGGUGAAUUGGAUCGUGAAAGCCAGAACCGAUACGAAUUCCUCGUCCAGGCAACGGAUCACGGAAAAACGCGUCAGUUGAGCAGCACAGCCACCGUGACAAUUCUGGUCGGGGAUGUGAAUGACUGUGCACCGAUCUUUCAAGGAGAAUAUGUCUUUGAGCACCCCAGUUCAUAUUUCGGUUUAUUAGCCCGAUUGCGUGUACGCACAUCCGCGCACCCGAAUUCCGGGGGCAAAAGAGAUGGUGAAUUCUAA